AGGCGGGAGGAGCCGGGCAGGACGCGGCCGCCGCGGCUCUUAGUCCGGCCGCGCAGCGGGAGGGAGGCGCGAGGCAGGAGCCGGCGGCUGGGCUCGGCGGCGCAUCCAGCGCAGCGCGGCGCUCCGGGCCCGGCCCCAUGCCCGCAGCCCCGCCGGACCGCCCUUGAGCGCGGGCGCCCUGCCCGCGCCCCCCGCCCGCCGGCACCAUUGCCCCGACGGCGCGGCCGGGCGGCCCGGCGCUCCCCAGGCUCCGCGCCGGCCGGAAAACGCUGCUGGCGGCCGCUGCGGGCGUGGUGAUGCUGCUGGUGCUGGUGGUGCUCAUCCCCGUGCUGGUGAGCUCGGGCGGCCCGGACGGCCACUAUGAGAUGCUGGGCACCUGCCGCAUGGUAUGCGACCCCUACCCCGCGCGGGGCCCCGGCGCCGGCGCGCGGCCCGACGGCGGCGACGCCCUGAGCGAGCAGAGCGGCGCGCCCCCGCCUUCCACGCUGGUGCAGGGCCCCCAGGGGAAGCCGGGCCGCACAGGCAAGCCGGGCCCCCCGGGGCCCCCUGGGGACCCAGGUCCUCCGGGUCCUGUGGGGCCACCAGGGGAGAAGGGUGAGCCGGGCAAGACCGGCCCUCCCGGGUUGCCGGGUGCAGGAGGCAGUGGCGCCAUCAGCACGGCCACCUACACCACGGUGCCACGCGUGGCCUUUUACGCUGGCCUCAAGAACCCUCACGAGGGUUACGAGGUGCUCAAGUUCGACGACGUGGUCACCAACCUAGGCAACAACUACGACGCGACCAGCGGCAAGUUUACGUGCAACAUUCCCGGCACCUACUUUUUCACCUACCACGUCCUCAUGCGCGGCGGCGACGGCACCAGUAUGUGGGCGGACCUCUGCAAGAACGGCCAGGUGCGGGCCAGCGCCAUAGCCCAGGACGCAGACCAGAACUACGACUACGCCAGCAACAGCGUGAUCCUGCACCUGGACGCGGGCGACGAGGUCUUCAUCAAGCUGGACGGAGGCAAAGCGCACGGCGGCAACAGCAACAAAUACAGCACAUUCUCGGGCUUCAUCAUCUACUCCGACUGAGCUCCCCGCGCCCCUCUCGGUCCCGUGUCCGUCCGCCCACACCCCUGCCCGGGACUCCCCUCCCGGCUGGCUGAGGACCACCCAACCCCUCUCUGCCCAGCCCCGGCUGCCGGCCCAUCCCGGUUAUGACGCCCCCCGGCCCGCCCUCACCACCGCCCCGGCCGAAGGCUAGGCUCUCCUGCGGGCUCACCGCAGAGCCGGGUCCAGAGCGCGCCCCGUCCCGGUCCGCCGGAGGCGGUGUCUACAGCCCUCGCCCCGGCUCGCGCUGUACAUUUGUACUAUAGGACUGUUUAUGGCCCACCCUGCUCGCCAGCCGGCCCCAGAGUGGGGACAGGUCUCGGCGGGGACCCUUCCCGUGCUCGGAUGAGCUGCCCUCCGGCUCCAGGGUGGCGCCUCCUGGGAGAGGGGUGGGUUGGGGCCGGAUUGCGUCCCAGCACCUGCUAAAGCCCCAGCCCGGCUGCGCCCCGUCUGACCAAAGCUCUAAUAAAAACACUUCCACCCCGCUGG